GAGAGAGUGACGUAGCCCCACCCACGGUCUCGCGCUGCUGUCGCCGCCUCUCCUCGUCCUCCUCGCGCUGUCUCGCUGGUGGUGCUGCUGCUGCUGCGUUUCCCGCUUCUCGCCCGGCGUCGCCUCAGAGCGCCAGUGGGCGGCUUGUUGCCAGUUUCGGCGACCCGGGCCGUGCCCUAUAAUCGCUGCUGUUGCAUUCGCCCGCCUUGGCCUCGGCUGAGGGAGCUGCGGAAGCCACUUGAGGCGGGUCCACCUCGCCCAGCUUCACCCGCCCGACGAGAACAGGCGGAAACGGCGCGUCCUGGGGUCUAGGCCAGGCUAGUGUCUGGAUGGGUGACCGGAAAGAAAUGCAGGAUAUAAAUGAGAAGUCUCCUAUAUGGAUGUGCUUGGUAGUGAUGUUGAAGCUGGAAAAACCCUACUGUAACCAAAGCCAGAAUGAGUCGGCUGCUAGAAGAUCAAGAAAAUGCUCAAGGCAGCAGUCUUGGCUCCUUUCCUUCUUUACGGGAUGUUCAUUCUAUUAACCCGGCUCAGCUGAUGGCCAGAAUUGAGUCCUAUGAAAACAGAGAGAAAAAAGGCAUAUCUGAUGUUCGAAGGACUUUCUGUCUGUUUGUUACCUUUGACCUCUUGUUUGUAACCUUGCUGUGGAUAAUAGAAUUAAAUGUAAAAGGGAACAUUGAGAAAAUGUUAGAAAAAGAAGUCCUUCAGUAUGACUACCAUUCUUCUUAUUUUGAUAUCUUUCUCCUGGCAGUCUUUCGAUUUAAAGUUUUGAUACUUGCAUAUGCUUUGUGCAGACUGCGACACUGGUGGGCAAUAGCAUUUACAACAGCAGUAACCAGUGCCUUCUUAUUAGCAAAAGUAAUUAUCUCAAAGCUGUUAUCUCAAGGUGCUUUUGGCUAUGUGUUGCCCAUCAUAUCUUUCAUUCUUGCCUGGAUAGAAACCUGGUUCUUAGAUUUCAAAGUUUUACCACAGGAAGCAGAAGAAGAAAAUAGACAACUUUUGGUGCAGGAUGCCUCUGAGCGAGCCGCUCUUAUUCAGCGUGGGCUUCCCUCUGAUGGGCAGUUCUAUUCCCCUCCGGAAUCUGAAGCAGGAUCUGAUGAAGAAUCUGAAGAAAAGCAGGAUAGUGAGAAACCAGUUGUAUAGCAAAUAUGGCAAUAACAGGCAGGUGGUUCUUUAGAGUAGAUGAAUCUUGUGUGAAGUGCUUGUUAUGAAAGUCUAGAUUUGUACAGAAAUGAGUAACUAUAAUCUAGCCUCCAUGCUGUCUUGCCACCAACUAAUUUAUGCUAACAGCGUGAUUUGAAGAUUUGAUUCUGUGUGUGGUUAGCAAGCCCUUUGGAACAAGGCAGUAUUGUGUGGUGGUUAAACAUUUCAUCAGUCUCUGAAAUGUCAAGCAAAGCGCCAACAUAUUUGGUGCUUUUUCAUUAUAGCUUUUCAUUUCUACGUGCUUUACUCAGUGUCUUGUUUAGUAAAAAAAACACAACUAACUUUUGUAAUGAAGAACUAGGUAUUAAACUUGUUUUGUAUAGUUGCUCAUGAGGCCCCCUGACAUACAUUUUCAUUCUUUAGGCCUAGUUCUUAACCAGAUAAAACAGUAAACCUGUGCUUUGGUUGUUCCACUUUAGUCUUGGAGGGUUCAUUUGACUGAACAAAGAAACUUUUUGCACUGAGAAGGUGGUAUUUCUGGAAGGAAGCUAGGCUCCUACUCUUUCUUGGCAUACCUAUUUUGUAUCAAUAGGUAAGACUUGAUAUAAAAGAGCAUUCAGCUGCAUGAGCCAUGCUGUCUGAUGCUAUAGUCAAGAGCACAGGUUUACCGCCUGUUUUGUGAGAACUAGAUGCAAGAUGGACCUGAACUGCUAAGCUAAUCUCUUUUGUAAGCUGUUUGGUGGCUAUCAUUUUCCUGCUAUGAAAUGUAUGGUUUUCUUUUACAGAGUGAAAACCAGACUCCAAAGUUGCUCAGGAUUUGCUAUUCUUCGACUGUAAGAAUGAUAUCUGUAGUUGACUUACUAUUGGAACUCAUAGCAGAAUCAUUUAUUUAUUUAUUUAUUGAUCAAGGGCAUACAUGUCCCUGUGCUCUAUAAUACCUCACCAAAUCUCUAUCAUGUCUGCAUAUAUAUAUAUAUAUUGGACUGAAUUAUGCCUAAUAUGGAAAAGUACUUGUCUAUAAUGUAUUCCAUGAUGCUUGAAACUGAUUUUCUAAUGAUCAGGAGGCCACUGGAGAGUGGUGUGCUUGUGAAACUAAUCAGUGGUUCUAAUACUAUAUGAAGUAAUGCCGUAAAAUGAAAGUCUGGCUAAUGGGAUGAUUUGAAUUUACUAGAUUGUUGUUAAUUUUCUGCUAAUUUUACACUUUGUUUUUAAAAAAAUGUCUUUUUUAAGAUGGAGUUAUGCACUCUUUGUAAAGGAACACAUUAAUAAAAAUGUGCCAUCAGAA